UUCAUUCAUGUAAAAAUAAAUUAAAUCAUUCUAUGCACACAACCUUUGCUACUUAUGCAGGCAAAUGGACUAGCCCAUUCCAAUUCAGGGGACGUCACUCUUAGAACAAAAUAAAUUCCAGGAAGUAAGAUUUAUCGACAUGGCAACUAGUGGAAUGGCCAGUCGGCCUAUGUCAAAAGUAGAGUUACGAAUUUCAUGCAGAAAACUGUUGAACAAAGAUAUAACCUCUAAAUCUGACCCGUGUGCUGUAUUGUUUGUUAAUCAAGGCUCACAGUGGAUUGAGCAUGGUAGAACAGAAAAUGUACAGAACAAUCUUGAUCCUGACUUUUCCAAAGCUUUUUCUAUAGACUAUAUGUUUGAAGAAGUUCAAAAGGUCAAGGUUGCAGUUUAUGACCUUGACAAUGACACACCACAACUAGGUGAUGAUGAUUUUUUGGGCCAAGUUGAAUGUACUCUGGGACAGAUAGUGGCUGCCAGCCCUUUUCAAAAGCAGUUGGUUCUUAAAAAUGGAAAACCUGCAGGGGAAGGCAAAAUUAUUAUCCGAUCAGAAGAAGUAAAAGAAGGUGGGGAAAUUGCUAUUUGUACAUUUAAAGCUAGAAAGCUGGAUAAUAAGGAUUUUCUUGGCAAAUCUGACCCAUAUUUGGAGAUAUUACGAGGAAAUCCUGAUGGUAGCUGGCAAGUGGUUCACAGAACAGAGGUGGUGAAGAAUAAUUUAAAUCCUCACUGGAGACAGUUUACUAUACCAGUCCAUACACUGUGUGGUGGUGAUAAAACAAAACCAGUCAAGUUUGAUGUAUAUGAUUGGGACAGUGAUGGGUCACAUGAUCUGAUUGGAGGGUUCACAGUUUCUGUUAAAGAUUUAGAAGCUUCAAAUGGAAAAGAGUUUCCAUGCAUAAAUGAAAAGAAAAAAGCUAAAAAGAAGAAGUAUGAUAACUCUGGAUUCGUAGUUGUUGAUUCAUUCAAGUUGAAGAAAGUUGCAUCAUUUUUGGAGUUCAUUUAUGGAGGGAUGCAGAUUAACUUUACAGUGGGUGUAGAUUUUACAGGAUCUAAUGGAGACCCAACACAUCCAAGAUCAUUACAUUACAUCAAUCCAUACCAACCUAAUGAAUAUAUGCAGGCAAUACAGGCAGUGGGGAUGGUAUGCCAGGACUAUGAUACAGAUAAGAUGUUCCCAGCUCUAGGAUUUGGAGCUAAGAUUCCACCAGACAAUAAAGUUUCACAUGAGUUUGCUAUGAACUUUAACCCCCAGAAUCCAUUCUGUGCAGGUAUACAGGGUAUUGUUCAAGCAUAUCAGAACUGUAUACCUCAGAUACAGUUAUGGGGACCAACCAAUGUAGCACCAAUAAUUCACCAUGUAGCCAAGUUUGCUGCUGCAGCUCAAACUGAAGAGGCCACCAAGGGUGCUCAUGCCUAUUUUGUCCUGUUACUUCUGACAGAUGGUGUUAUAACAGAUAUGGAUGAUACAAGAAGUGCAAUAGUUCAAGCCUCAGCUCUGCCAAUGUCUCUUAUUAUAGUUGGUGUAGGUGAAGCUGAUUUUACUGACAUGCAGAUGUUAGACGGGGAUGAUGGUGUUCUGAAGGCCCCUAACGGACAGCCUGUUUACAGAGAUAUUGUUCAAUUUGUACCCUUCAGAGAUUUCAAGACUUCGUCAGCAGCCGAGCUAGCCAAGCACGUACUAGCGGAGGUUCCACAGCAAGUUACGCAAUACUAUGAAUGGAGAAAAAUCCAGCCCAAUCAACCACGCCCACAAAAUACUUAACUUGUAUACGCAAUAGAUCGUCAACUCAAGAGAAUUGAUCAUACAGAUAUGGUAGAGAGCUGAUAUUAGUUGAUAUACUAGAACAAAACUCAUUCAGGAUAAAGCUACAUUUAUUAUUUAUGUUCCCCAUGUAAAUGCCCUCUCAAUACAUACCUUUCCUUACAUACCAAAUAAACAUCUAAAUUAUGCAAACAUUCUGUCAUCCGUCCAGACAUAAUUUUACUCUUUUAGCCUAGCUGUACAAGAAUUCUUGUAUUUAAGUCUUAUUUCUAAAAUGUGAAUUUUUAUUAAAAGUACUUCCAUACAUAAUUAUCGCAAAAUAGUUGGAUGUUUUAUUUUUCCCAUACUCCUUGAAGUACAUAAUUUGUCACCUUAGUGUAGUAAUGGGGUAAACUCCUAUUAGAAACAAGAAGAGUUAACAUGUUAUGGCACUUAGGUGAUGAUAUGUAUAUUAUUACAUAGGUCAUAAUGGGACCAAUAUUUUGAAUAUUGUUAAGUUUUUGUUGGCUACUAAAUAUAAGAAUCAUGUUGAACAAGUUAUUGACAUGUUUGAAUCCAUAAUUUUUUUCUUCAUUUAGAUAUUUUGUAUUGUUUUACUGUUGUAUAUUCAGAAUAUAAGAUAUAAAGUUGUAUACAGGAUUCUUUCUUGCUGGCUUCUUAGAGUUUUGGCUUCUUAAAGUUUCAGAUAAAAUCUCUUCUGUAUUUUAUGAUUAUUUGAUUGAAAAAAAAAAGAUUAUUUUUUCAAAUCUUCAAGCUAGAUUGGAUGAUGUUGUUGAGACUGUUUACUUUUUAUGUUGUUUCUUUAUUUACAUUUUUUUGCAAAAAAAGUCAUAUUCAAAACCUUACUGUUUGCAAUAUUUUAUUUUAAUUUUCAUGAUAUAUACAUGUACAGUGAUAUUUGUAGUGUUAGAGUACUUUGUAUUGAAUAUUAAAUGCCUUUAUUAUCAAAAAUAACUAAUUUAAAUGAAAUUAAAAAAAAUUGGUAAGUUUAAACUUUUAAAAAUACCAAAAUCCAUGGCCUGUUAAAAAAUAAAAAAAGGUUUUAUUAUUAAUAACUUAUUCAAAUGAAAUAAUGUUUUGGAAAACUUAAAAAAAAACAACACCAAAA